AUGAAGAAAAGCAGCCAAAGCAGAAGAGGCCUUCAGGACUCGGGUCAGCCGGCGGCUCAGCAGCUGGAGAAGGUCGGCUGGAUCAGGAAGUUCUGCGGUCGAGGAAUCUUCAGAGAACUGUGGAGGAACCGAUACGUGGUUCUGAGAGGAGACCACCUCUACAUCUCUGACAAGGAGGUGAAAGACGAGCGUAAAGCGCAGGAAGUCUUCGACCUGGCUGAUUACGAGCGUUCGGAGGAGCUGAGGAAAGCAAAGAGUCGCAGCAAGAAGAACCACAGUCGCUUCACGCUGCUGCGCUGCCGCCGGCCAGGAAACACGGUUCCGAACCUGGUCUUUCUGGCUGUGAGUCCUGAGGAGAAGGAAUCGUGGGUCAACGUCCUCAACGUGGCCGUCAUCAGCGCUAAGAACCGAGUUCUAGACGAGGUAACCCUGGAGGAGAACAGUGCGCUGGCUCAUCCCACCAGAGACCGAGCCAGGAUCCCUCAUGGCCGCCGGCUGCCGACCAGAGGACACCUCCUGGCCGCCUCCACCUCCUCCAGCGGCAUGCUGACCCUCGACCUGGUUGCUGAGGAGGACGCUUUCUCCCCGGACUACGAUGGCAACUCCAAGGAAUCCUGGCAGAACUUCCGGGUGGACCUGCAGAAAGGGGGACAGGUUGUCGGAUCUCGGGGGGGCGGGGGUCGUCAGCGGGCCGGCACCGAUGUCUCAAAACUCCGGGUGACCUCCAAGGAGCCCAAGGUGAAGACUGGCAGUCUGCCCAGAGGCAGCGAGUGGUCCUGGGGUCGGCCGUCCCCCCUGGAGGCCUCCAAGGGUCAGAAGACCCAGCAGGUGCAGGCUCAGUCUCGAACUCCUCAACCCGGGAAGAGGCUCAGCCUGCAGGGCCGGAGCCGCUGCGCCUCCAUGGACGAGGUCCUCUCCUCCAGACCGGCGAGGAUUCGCUCGGAGCUGCGGUCCGCUCUUCGUCGUUGUCCCACUGAAGAGGAGGCUGGGGGCGGAGCCUGGGUGCAGCCGGUCGGGCAGCUGCAGGGCCUCAUCGCCCAGAGGAUGCAGAGAGCUCAGGAGCUGCUGGAGGAGAUGAGGCUGCAGGAGAUGCAGAAAGCCAAAGCAGAGCGGGAGCGCGGCGGCAGCUCGCCGUACCUGAAGGGCGUGGACUCCCCCCGCCUGCAUCACCUCAGGGGCGUGGACUCCCCUCACUCCAGCAAGUCCUCAGGUUCUCCCAGGAGCCGCAGCAGCGACUCUCCUCGCCUCCGGGGGAAGGACUCUCCUCGUCUGAGAGGACGAGAGUCUCCUCGGUCCAAAGCCAAGAAGAACCGCUGCAAAGGGGCGGAGUCACCUCGCUCCAGAGGGUCCGCCUCCCCUGGCCUGAAGGAUUCACCUGGCCUGACGAGCACGGAGUCUCCACAUCUCAGGAGCUCCUCCAGCUCCUCUGGUCCCAACAAGGACGGCUCCCCCCCGAGCCACAGAGGGUCCGCCUCCUCGGGGGUUCAAGGGUCAGAUUCACCACGAGGCAGCGAACCGGACUCAGCUGGUCUGGACAGGGCGUCGCCCUGCCGGAGCCAGAAGAACUCGCCGAGCUCCUCUGGAUUCUGUGAGUCGUCUCAGGACCAGCAGCGUGUGUCUCCAUCUUCACCGGCCGCCCCCCCCUUCCUGCUGGCGGAGGAGGAGCUGGAGGCGGAGGUGGACAGGAGGCGUGCCGAGGCCGAGCGGCUCCUGGAGGAGGCGGUCUCCUCGUGGAAAGAGGCUCAGGAGGUGCUGCAGGAGGUGAAGGAGCUGCAGAGCCAGACGCUGCGGCGCCAGCGGAGGCGGACCUACGAGAAGAUGAGCCCGGCGGCGGUGGGGGGGGGGACGCCCACGGCGAGUUCUGCAGCCGAGGACGAGGACACGCCGGCCACGCCCUCGUCCACGCCCACGUCCCCUGAGGACGAGGACGAGACACCUUGA